UGUCCACCGGAUUUGAUUUACAUCUGAGAGGACCAACGUUUGUCAUGGAACCACCAACACGACUCGAGUUCUCCAACUCGAGCGGUGGAUGGUUGGACUGUUCGGCUUCGGGUAGUCCUCAACCUUCCAUCGACUGGCUUUCAGUUGACGGGACAUCUGUUGGUGACGUUUCGGGAAUACGGAGGGUACUUAGGAACGGCACUUUGGUAUUGCUUCCAUUUGCAGCUGCCGCUUACAGACAGGAUAUUCACAGCACGGUUUAUCGAUGCGUCGCCUCAAAUGGUGUCGGAAGGAUUAUCAGCAGAGACGUACAAGUGCGAGCAGUUGUGACGCAAGCGUUCAAGGUGGACGUUGAAGUAUUAGGGGCAGCAAGAGGAUGUACAGCUGUACUAAAAUGCGUCGUGCCAUCUUUUGUUAAGGACCUCGUGCGGAUUGUUUCCUGGGUACAAGAGCCUUCACUUUACAUCUACCCUUCGCUUCAAGGAGAUGGGAAGUUCCAUCAGCUUCCGUCGGGCGAUCUUCUAAUACACAAUCUCGAAUUCAGCGAUCAAUUCCCCAGCUAUAGGUGUAGGACAAUGCAUCGCCUUAGUCGACAGAUCGUUUCCAGUAGCCCGGCGAAUGUUCGAAUUGCGGAACAUCGGGGAAUUGUCGCUCCCGUAAUAGUGGAACACUCCGGCACAAUAACGGUGCCUCAGGACGAAGGGGCGGCUCUGUUGUGCAUUGCUCAGGGAUGUCCGGCCCCAGAAUACAGGUGGUACUCGCACACGGGAGUUGAACCGACUCUUGUGAUACCAGGGCCGAGAGUGAGACAGUUGGGGCCGGUUUUGGCGAUCGAGUCGGUAACGUCUGAGGAUGGUGGUAUUUAUCGCUGCACCGCGUCGAACGCCGGAGGUGAGGCUAGCGCCGAAUUGAGGCUGGUGGUGGCGACAACCGUGCACGUGGAGGUUACGCCGCCCUUAUUGAGUAUUCAUAUGGGGGGAAGCGCGGAGUUCAGAUGCAUGGUUUCUGCACAAGGAGGUCCCCACUUGGUGACUUGGUUUAAAGAUGGCCGACAGUUGCCCAGUACGGGACGUGGAACCAGCGAAACUCUGGUCGUCAAUAAUGUUGGAAGGGAAGACCGCGGCAUGUACCAGUGCAUUGUACGAAGAUCGGAGGGAGAUACUGCGCAAGCAUCUGCUGAGUUACAACUGGGAGAUGCUCCGCCUGUGCUCCUUUAUAGCUUUAUAGAGCAAACGUUACAACCCGGUCCCGCCGUUUCUCUAAAAUGCAGUGCGGCUGGAAACCCCACACCGCAAAUCUCAUGGACUCUUGAUGGUUUCCCGCUGCCUAGCAACGGCAGAUUUGUAAUUGGACAGUACGUGACAGUUCACGGAGAUGUUAUAAGUCACGUAAACAUAAGCCACGUUAUGGUGGAAGACGGCGGCGAAUACACGUGUACGGCGGAAAAUCGGGCAGGGAAAACGUCUCAUUCCGCACGGCUGAAUGUAUACGGAAUGCCGUAUAUUCGGUUAAUUCCCAAAGUAACAGCGGUGGCGGGAGAAACUUUACAACUGAAGUGUCCUGUGGCUGGAUUUCCAAUCGAGGAGAUCCACUGGGAACGAGGCGGAAGAGAGCUACCAGACGAUCUUAGACAGAAGGUAUUGCCUGAUGGCACGCUUCAAAUCAACCCCGUUGAGAAAAAGGCCGACUCUGGUGUUUACACUUGCUGGGCUAGAAAUAAGCAGGGUCACAGUGCUCGACGAAGCGGUGAAGUUGCUGUUAUAGUGCCGCCAAAGGUUAGCCCGUUCUAUGCAGAGGAGACGCUACACGUAGGAGAUCGUGCGAGCCUUACGUGUUCCGUGACCAAAGGCGAUCUUCCGCUGACGAUAUCGUGGCACAAAGAUGGCCGUAUCGUGGAGCCAGCCCAAAUGGUGUCCGUCACGCAAGUGGAUCAGUAUACUAGCAUACUAUUGAUAGAGAGUUUAACGCCCGAGCACAACGGCAACUAUUCGUGCGUUGUGCGUAACUUGGCAGCGGAGGUAUCCCACACACAGCACUUAGUAGUUAAUGUACCACCUAGAUGGUUGGUCGAACCAGUUGAUAUAAGUGUAGAAAGAAAUCACCACGUCUCCCUCCAUUGCCAAGCUCAAGGCGUACCUACCCCUACUGUUAUGUGGAAGAAAGCAACAGGCAGCAAGUCCGGUGACUAUGAGGAAGUAAGAGAUCAAAUACAAACUAAACUGUUGGGAAACGGCACGUUGUUAUUACAACACGUAAAGGAGGACCGGGAAGGUUUUUAUCUUUGUCAAGCAGAUAAUGGUAUUGGCACUGGGAUUGGUAAGGUAAUUCAGUUGAGGGUUAACUCUUCCCCCUACUUUGCCGCUCCUUCAAGAUUGGUUACAGUGAAGAAGGGAGACACGGCAACUUUACACUGCGACGUGAACGGAGAUAAACCUAUAAGCGUCGUAUGGUUACGUAGUGGAAAGACGGAGUUGAACCCUUCCACCAACUACAGGGUGCAUGUCAAACAAGAUGUCACCCCGGACGGUGUCGCGGCCCAGCUCCAAAUUACCAACGCGGACGCCUCAGAUACCGGGUCGUACUUCUGCCAGGCCAGCAAUAUGUACGGUAGAGAUCAGCAGUUGGUGCAACUGCUAGUGCAGGAACCUCCGCUCAGUCCGCAACACCUUGAAGCGGCAAUGAUCAGUAGUAGAUCGAUCAAUUUAAAGUGGCAGCACAAAUCUGGCGAUUCAAACGAGGUGUUCAAAUUUAUAGUCGAAUACAAGGAGAUGGAUCGACCCUGGCAGCACUUGGAUCUGAUCGAACCUCCUUUACAAUACGGCGCGCUGAUUGAAGAUCUAAAGCCCGCCACCAAAUACAUAUUCCGCGUGAUAGCCGAAGGUCCCGCCGGUAGAAGCAAGCCGAGUUUCGAACUGCUGGUGCGGACUGAGCCACAGCGUCCAGCCGGUCCGCCUUUAAACUUGUCGGUUAGGCCUGUAUCGUCUACGGAACUGUUGGUCACGUGGUCCCCUCCGCUCUUCGAUUUGAGGCACGGAGACAUUCAGGGUUUUAACGUCGGAUAUAGAUCUGCGACUAUGGGCGCGUAUAACUAUACUUCGAUGACGGGCGAUGGGGAGGAUGGUGGUGGAGAAUUGUUACUGGGUGGCCUUUCUAAAUACAUGGCGUAUAGCAUCGUGGUGCAGGCGUUUAACGAGGUAGGUCCUGGCCCGCUGACCGAACCCUUCACUACGCAAACUAUGGAGGAUGUACCCAGCGCCCCACCCGAAGACAUGCGUUGCACCGCCCUUACCUCCCAAUCCCUACAAGUUAGUUGGCAACCACCAGCCACUGAACACUGCAACGGUCUUUUGCAAGGAUACAAGCUGACGUAUGAACCGGUCAUCGAUGACAACUGGCGAGGGAGUGACGAAAUUGAAACACGAAAAACUACGGCGUUGACGACCGUAAUUACCGGUCUAAGAAAGUACACUAAUUACACCAUGCAAGUUUUGGCGUUCACCAAGAUCGGAGAUGGUGUUUUAACGUCUGUGACUUUUUGUCAAACCGAGGAGGAUGUUCCAGCUCCACCAGCCGAUAUAAAAGUAAUUGUAAGUUCCCCUCAGUCACUGCUAGUGUCAUGGCUUCCGCCCUUUGAGCCCAAUGGGAUUGUUACCAAGUAUUAUUUGUACAAACGUAGCAUGGACGGGCGUAAAGAGGUGGAUCAUGCAAAGCAAACCGUCUCCAGUCAACAAAAUAGCUACGAAGCGAAAGGUCUACAGUCUCACAUUGAGUAUCAAUUUUGGAUAACGGCGUCUACGCGUAUUGGAGAAGGUCAAAGUUCCAGAACGGUGUCGCAGAUGCCCACGGCUCGAGUGCCGGCUCGAAUAAUUUCAUUCGGUGGCCAAAUCGUUCGCGCAUGGCGGAGUGCGGUCUCCCUACCUUGUGCUGCAGUAGGUUCACCUAGGCGAGAAUGGUACCGUGGCGACCACGUAUUAAAGAGCUUGGAUGAGCAAAAACAGCAAGUUCUAGACUCAGGAGAGCUAAUUCUAGGUAACGUUCACUUGAGCGACUCCGGAAAUUACACGUGCCAAGUUGAUAACGGUCAGGGGUCGGAUAAAGUGACGUACAACUUAGUUGUGCAAGUUCCACCAGACGCACCUUUAUUGUAUGUCAGUAGUGCCACCAGUAGUAGCGUUCUUUUACAUUGGAAAGCUGGGAGCAAUGGUAGAGCGCCCGUUAGCGGAUUUACUCUGAGUUACAAAAAGGAGCACGGGGACAUUAGCGAGUUGUCACUGUCCAGACAUGCCACUAGUUACGAACUGAAAGGAUUACUGUGCGGCACAUCGUACCAUCUACACCUAACGGCAAUCAACAAAAUUGGUAGUUCACCGCCGAGUCACCCUCUACAAGCGCGAACACAGGGACACCCACCUGGAGUCCCAUCUGCGAACACAUUUGUUUUUCCAAACACUACCGCUGUGAUACUACGACUGCACGUUUGGCCUGACAACGGCUGUCCUUUGCUGUAUUUUAUUUUACAAUAUAGAAAAGCCAGCGAUUCCCAGUGGACGUUAGUUUCGAAUGCGUUGAAGCCACAAAGACGAACCUCAAUCACCGGUUUGACGUCUUCAACUCAGUACAUCGUAAAAGUAGAAGCGCACAAUAUCGCCGGCUUUGCAACUGAAGAAUUUGCCUUCACCACCUUAGCAAAAGACGGAGAUGCGCCACCUCCUGAUCUGAUGAAACGAGAGGGUAAUUCAACGCCUUUCUACGCCGAUCUCAAAAUUAUGGUACCUGUUGUUAUUAUAAUGAUUCUGCUGUUAGCAGCUGGGGUGACUGCGGUUGCUUGUUUAAGGAAUAAUCAAGAAGAGGAUGCGAAAGAACAAUUAGAUAAUCAACAAAACGCUGAAGCACAAAGAGAACGGUAUUAUGCUACAAUACACAAAGUAGCUCUACAAGCCGGCGAAAAAAUACCAGAAACCUCAGAAGAUAUUUCGCCGUAUGCAACCUUUCAGUUGUCUGAACCAAGUACACUGCCACAAAACACAAUGCUACAUAGUUUCAUGUAUCAUGAACAUGCAAUUACUGAAGGAUGUGCGUCUCCUCCUCCAGCCGCAUCGUCAAUUCAACGAAAUUCCCCCUAUUACAAUAUCCAAAAAUUUCAAAGUGCUAAAGGCCACGGUAGGAGAAGAACUAGUCGGAAAACAGAUGUAGAUAGUGACGAAUCUGAUUCAGAUCCCGAUCAAAUCACUUCCAGUAGAACGGAGUCUUCCAACCAAUUAGAUAUGAAACUUAAGCAUAAUUUUAUAUAUCAUGGUGCUCAAUCCAGCACUUCUUCAGACAUAUCGCCAAUGUCGGAACAAAAAUCACUGCCACGGCGUAGCAGAUCUAUAAAUAAAGCAAGGCGCACACGUACUUAUUAUUUUUAUAUAAAGAUUAACUCCAGGUGGUUAUCACAAGGUAGAGCAACUUCGCGACAUCUACUACCCACACUCUCUGUGGCCGAAACAGCAUUUACAGAGCGCACGGCGUCACAGUCAGAAACACAUACACCAGAUAGACCAGAGCUAAGUGAGGCCGAGUGCGAUAUCGAUACGCUUAAAAAGCUCAAACUGGGACUGCGAUCUUCGCUAUGGUCACGACCAGCUGGAUCUGGGCAGCCGUCAGACUAUUCUAUUGCAGUGUAAACUGUGGUUUUAGAUAAUAAUCAAAACUUUUUAAGGUUUUUGUUAAAUUAUUUGAGAAAAAAAAUCAAAAUAUAUUUCAGUUAUGAAAUGGUAUAUAAUAUAACGAUUUGUAUAAAAGAAGAAAUUUAGAGAACGCCCUGUUUAUAAAUUUUGUUAUUCGAAAUUCCAAAAAAAAUUGGAUAAAUUUUAUAUACUUACUUACUUAAAGAGAAAUAUGUAGAGAACUCCAUUUCUUCCAAUAAACUUGUUACCUGCAUACAUCGUACAGCAACAAAGAAAAACAAUCAAUUUGAAAAAUCAAAAUUUUUAAAUUUGCCCCAUCCUGUUACUGUAACAAAUAACUGUAUCACAUAGUUUACCUCUAAUAAAGUUUAAUUCAUAUUA